ACAAAAUGGCGCUGUCCAUGGAUUCGGACGAAGAAGAUUCGUUUAUAGUUAUUGGCAAACAAGUCGAGCAACUUGAAGAUGAUGAAGCAAGAAAGAAGCGUGUAUCAGUCAAAGACCUGCCAGUUACAGAUGAUAAAGGUCGUCAGAGAUUCCAUGGAGCAUUCACUGGUGGUUUCUCAGCUGGUUAUUUUAACUCUGUUGGUACUAAGGAAGGAUGGGCACCAUCAACGUUUGUCUCUUCACGGAAAUCUAAAACAGAACAUGUCAGUCAAUCAGUGGAAGAUUUUAUGGAUGAUGAGGAUUUUAGUGAACAUGGGAUAGCGCCACGUAAAAUAACCACAGCUGAUUCUUUCACAUCAGAAGAACGACAACGUAAACGGAAAACUUUUGCUUCCUCCAUUACUGGUGAUUCUAUACAGGAAGGGGACACAACUCUUAUGGACCUUAUCAUACCAGAAACGCUACCAAUUGGAAUAAAAUUAUUGAGAAAAAUGGGGUGGAAGGAAGGACAAGGUGUUGGACCAAGGUUGUCUAGAAAAAUGAAGAAAAAGAAGAAAGCAUUAGAGAAACAGUAUGGUUGUGCAAUGAAACCAGAUUCCAGCUCAGACGAAAGUAACAGUGAUAAUGAAGAAUAUUUAAAAAAUAUAACGUUUGCUCCAAAGGAUAUGAAUCCAGUUUCGUUUGUGGCGAAGGAUAACAUUCAUGGUAUUGGAUAUCGAGGACUGAACCCCUCAGCAGCCCUUCCAUCUGCCCAUAUCAACCUGUUUGAAGCUCCACCUAUCAAAUCUAAACCUGGUAAAAGGGGAAUUAGAGGCAAGGGAUUUGGU